CAGUCACUCUUGGCUACGAAUAUACAAUUGAUUCCCCUUUCCGAUUAGAUUUGGACCCUCAAAAACAAAAACAAAAAAAGAAGAUUAACUUUGAAUUCAUCAUGACGAUGAAGACGAAGACGAAGACGACGAUUCAGUUUCUCUCAAGACGUUGAAUUUGUUGUUGUUGUUGUUGUUAGUUGUUGUAGCUUCAUCAAUCUCGUCUUUUUAAAAACUCUGUUCUUCUUUUUCCGAUUCGAUUUAGCUUUCUCUCUUUUGGAUCGGUUUCUUAGGUAUUCAUUCACCAGUUUCAUCAGUUUCUACCAACUAAAAAAAAAAAUCUGAUUUUUUUUUUUUUUUUGUAUUUGCUCGAUUGAUCUGAUCGAAACGGAGCUUCUUCUUCUUCUAAUAUUCAGUUUGAUUAGGUGAAUUCCAUAUAUCUCUCUUCGUUUGCUCGAUCUGAUUUGAAUUGGGAUUCAAAUCGAGUUUCAUAGAUCGAUUCUGAUCUCAAUCCCAAUCCCAAUCCCAAAAUAGUUUUGUUACCGAAAACAAAAAAGGAUCCAACUUUGAAGAUUUGAAUUGGUUUUUGCUAACUUAUCUCUCUCGAGGGAAUCGAGUGAGUGAGAUGGUAUAUUUCCAUAGCUCAAUCUCGGUCUGCAAUUCCGUCGACCAAUCUCCAACAACAACAUUGAUCAUGUCCAACUCUCUUCACUCCUCCUCUAAGCCGCCAAGAACCACUCGCAAAUCCCACGCUUCGUCCCCGACCUGUUCCAACUUCCCUGUCUGCGACGGAUCUCAGUCCGUUGCGAUCGAUGUCGUCAUCCUUAUCGCCGUGAUCACCGCCUGCGGGUUCCUCUUCUUCCCUUACGUCAAGCUCAUCACCCUCAAGUCUAUUGAGUUCUUUUCAGAUCUCUCUGUUUUAGUCAAAGAAGAGAUUUUGCAGAACCCUAUUGUGUAUGGUUCAUUAGCUUUGAGUAUCUUCUGCGCUGCUCUCUCCACUUGGCUUGUUAUACUCUUGUGUACUAUGCAGAGAUGCGGGAAGCCCAAUUGUAAAGGGCUUAGGAAAGCUGUUGAGUUUGAUAUUCAGCUUGAGACUGAGGAAUGCGUCAAGAGCUCCAACAACAACAGCAACAACAGUGCCGCCAAGAGGGGGAUGUUUCAGCUGCCUCGUGUCCAUCACCGUGAAUUGGAAGCCGAGCUCAAGAAGAUGGCACCGCCUAAUGGGAGAGCUGUCCUGGUUUUCAGAGCCAGGUGUGGUUGUUCUGUAAGGAGAUUAGUGGUUUCGGGACCAAAGAAGCAGCAGAGGAAGAUCAAGAAAUGAAAAACAGAGAAGAAAGUUAUACAAGGUUCAUUCAGUCUUUUGGAAAUGAGAUUUGAUCGUUUACUCUUUUUCUUCGGUUAGCUUUUACUCUCAUACACACACUUUUUUACAAGAACUGAUAAAUAUGUUAUAGUCUGUGUUUAAAUAAGGUACAAUGGGAACAAGCAUUGUAAGGAUAUUGUGGGAAACCGGUUAUAGUGAAGAACAUUUUGGUUAUA